AUGAGUAGCACAACAUUAAAGGCGAUUGAAGUCAACGAAAACAGAAUUGCAAUAGCUGCAGCGAUCAUCCCGUUUUCAAUAGCGGGGGUUCUGAUACGUCUUGCUCUCCAACGACUUGAAACUUUUCCUGGGGCGCCUGUCUUUGCACUUGUCUAUGCACAAUGGAUUGGCUGCUUUAUCAUGGGAAUGGCUGGCAAGCUAAAGAGCCCUAUCAGCUUAUGGUACCAACCAUGUCAUCCGGGUAUUACAACUGGUUUAUGUGGUUCAAUCACGACAUUUUCAUCAUGGCAAUUAGGGAUAUUCCAGGAAUUUGCCAACUUUAAUGCUUAUCCACAUACACGAGGCAAAAACAUUUUGGCAGCGAUAUCUGAGUUUGUAGUCACUUUGGCUAUGUCUCUCAACGGUCUUAAAUUCGGACAGCAUGUAGGUGAAUGGCUAACAGGCAUUCUUAACAGUCAUCCUACACGGUGUUUUGGCAGACAAGAAGAGAAUAAGAUGAUGUCAGAAGAAAAAAUUGUACCCAAGGGCUGGUCCGUUCGAUCUCUGACACGAAAAGAUUACUGUACAAUUUUAUUUGGGAUUGCAUGUUGGAUCGGCGUGAUUCUAGCCGCUAUUUUUACGGAGAAUCAGAAAGAGCUAGCAUUGGCCUGUGUUUUUGCUCCUGUGGGUGCACUGUUACGGUGGAUGUUGUCGUUUGUCAACAAGAAAAAUGUGACUUUUCCUUUAGGGACGUAUAUUGCCAACAUCUUUGGUACGGCGGUAUUGGCUGCUUUGAUACUGUCAAGAUCAGGUCCUCAGCUGACACCCAUUUCAUGUAAUGUUGUGGAAGCCUUAGGAGAUGGAUUUUGUGGAUGCUUAACCACCAUUUCAACAUUUAUGGUGGAGUUGACAACGCUUCCAAGAAGACACAGCUAUAUAUACGGUAUCCUAUCGGUAGUCGUUGGACAAUGCUUUAUGUUUGUUAUAUUGGGGACAUAUAUAUGGACAAAUGGUGCUCGUUCCUCCUGUUAA